UAGCCCUCGGCGAGUGUUUUGCCUAGCGCGUGGGGGAGAAAGAUAGAGCCUACAUAAGUGUCUGUGUGAGAAAGAGAGACAGAUAAAGAGAGACACUGGCUGCUGACGGAGAAUUUGUUGCACACUUAAAGAAACUACAGCUCUUAUGACUACAAACACACACAUCACGUUACAGUGCUGCGCUGCUUUGCCGGAGCUGGCAACACGGACGCUUUUAUCCUGAUUAAGUAACGUCCGGACAAGAGAGCGACAGACCGUCCUACAGCACCUCACAGCCGGCAUUUGUGCAGGAAGUCAAGGGCAAUCUAAUGAUAAAGGGACUAGACGCCGGUUGGCUGUUUAUUUAGAAGUGCUGUCGAACAGAAAUGAAAAAUCUCCUUCCUGGAUAAGAGCUCGUGCCGGAUCACACAGCACCGUAAUGCGAAUGUCGAGCGAAGAGACGCUUAAACCAGCACUACUGCAUUUAACAUGGGCGAAAAUAGAGGAAUUAGCCGCCACACAGACAGCUGAAUGGUGAGAAAUGUUCUCUGUUCCCGUUCUGAGGUAAAACACCGCCGUGAGACUGCACGAAACGGCUGUUGUUGAGAUCGUCUAAAAUAAUAUCCAUUAGUGCAUCUUCAUAUGAGACAGCACGCGAUAAUCUGGCCGAUUAAUUAUGCACGGUGGAGCAUGAAUAAUACACUGAGGGGUGACGCUCGUUUAAAGAGACCGGCCGGUGUGCGACGGUGUCCCACAUGACCUACUUUCAAAAGCUUUAAUGCAGGAGAGAUGCAGCCGCAGUGAGAAGCAAACGAGACCGUCAGCACUGAAAAAACAAGCUCACUGUUUGCUCAUAAGUGUGACCGAAGUCGUGUGAAUCUCAGGUGACAUGAACGUCACGGCCGGAUCGUUCACUUGGAAGAAUUGAACAGUGGUAGAGAAGCAGCCUCGGCGAUCGUUUUUUAAUUGUUCAUAGUUUUAAAACGAAAAGACUUGAGCUAACGGAAAAAAGGGACCCUGAAGCCAUUGACCUUUGCACUUGCAACAGCAGGAUUGUUUAUUUCUGCUAAAUCCAGUCAUUUCAGCACAUGCUGCUGGGAUUUGUAUUGAGCCAUGGGAUUUGCCUUUGCCUGCUGAAAUCUGCACAUGAACUCCAUAAAUGCUUCUAAAGGAUUAUUAAAAUGACAGUUUUGCCUCUGUGAUGUCAUACAGUUCAACAGUCAAGCGUUCUGUAAGCAAUACUAGUUAUUUAACAACUACCUUCAACUUCGUAGUGCUAGCUAUGUUAUCAGUUUAAUAAAUGUACUGUAAUUCAACAAUGUUUCUAAGCUCAGGAGAUAUUUUUCUUGCUAAUCAGUGAAUUCGUCUUUUGGUCGGUCCAAUCAUGUGGUCACUUCCAUUACUACGUCACACUGACGUUCCACCGAGAGUGACUGAGAACUUCAUUUUGUCUGGUUAUCGUUUCCCCAACUGCAGCCUACGGCAGUGCCUAUACUCUGCUUUUCGUCCCACCAAUGAGACCGGAAACUUCUGGACACAUUUCCUCCCCAUUUUUGUGUUUGCCUUUCACUUUGUGGAGGUUUUCACGUGGGAAGGAGUGCCUGAACCUAGCAGUCCUUUUUUCUACCCUUUCUGGAAUUACUUCCUGGGGGUGUUGUACCUGCUGCUAGCCAGCAGCCUGGCUCAUCUUCUCAACUCCAUGUCACUCAUCAUUCGUGAAAUCUGUUUCUUUGUGGACUAUGGGACUAUUAGUGCGUAUACAGUGGGUUCUUCACUGGCAUAUUACUACUACAUCCAUCCUCAAGCAGGAAUAGAGAUUGAAUUCGGGGGACCGAAUUCUACCCAAAGGAAGAGCCUAAACGCCGAUGAUGAGGCUUGGCCCUCUGCAUCUUCUCCCACUCACUUCCAGCUGUUCUUUGAAAGCCUCUACAUCCCAUCCUCCUGUCUGGUCGCUAUCAUAUGCGUCAUCACCUGCUGUAACACCAGACAGUGCUGGCGGAAGUACCGCUAUGCUGUCCGCACCCUUGUCUUCCUCCUUCCGUUUUUCCUCUCCUCCACUCCUGUCUUCUACCGUCUCUCCGUGAGCUCGCCGUCAUCCUCCUCCCCUCAUCUGUUCUCCACCAUGGCUGUCUUCUUCUACCGCCAUUGCUUUUGGCUGCUGGUGUCUGCCCUCUUCAAUAUCAGUAAGAUCCCAGAAAGAUUUUCUCCAGGGAACUUUGAUAUCUGGGGUCACAGCCAUCAGUGGUUCCAUUGCUGCACCUUCCUGUCGAUCCUGGAUGAGCUGCAAAUGAUCAAAGUAGAGAUGCAGGCCGUGCUUCUCAACCCAACUUUGGUACUAUCACCUGCAAUGCCACCUAGGCUCCCUGGACCAACACUCUGGUCCACCUAUGGGGUCAUGUUGCUCCUGCAGGGGUGCAUAGCAUGCAUUAUAGCCUGUUUUGGUUGGCAGGCGUAUCAAAUCUACGCACCAGAGCAAAAAAAGCUAAAGAGACAUUAGGAGAGACACUGUAUGCUGGUCAGGUUUAAAGUUCUUGUUUUGGACAAUGUUUUAAUGAUUUCUGCAGUAUGAACUCUGUCAUUUCAAUCAUUUUAAAAGGGAUCAGUCACCCAAAAAUGGGAAUUGUGAUUGUUUACUCACCCUCAUGUUGUCUAAAAACUCAUAUGGCUUUCUUUCUUUUGCAAAGCACAAGAUAAUUGAUUUUUUUUUUAAUGGGACCCAAAACUUUCAAGCUCUAAUAAGGACAUAAAGGUAACAUAAUCCAUAUGACUACUGGUAUAUUCUGAAUCGAGGAUCAUAUUUUAAGUUUUUUGCGUUCCACAGAAGAAAGAAAGUAAAUGAGGACAAUUUUAAUUUUUUGGGUGAACUAUACCUUUUGAUAUGGCCAUACAGUAGGCAUUAUUUGACAAAAAUUGUGAAUUUUUUAGCUGGUUUCAUUGUAAGGACUUUGGAAGGGAGGCUGUUUUUUUGCUGUCGGGGGGCGUCAAAGUCCUUGCUGCCCUGUAAUCAGCAAUCUGACUCUGCCACAUUUGCUCCCCAGGGGCUCUAUAUAUGAACUUACUUUUUGGUUCCAGAAAGUUCUCAUAAUUUUCACUCGAGAAGGGUUUAAAAUGACGCAUUAUUGAGCUUUUACUAGGACACCUUAUAUAGUAACACUCUUCAUCUUUGAAAUCGUCUUUCUCAGUCUAUCUAUCGCUGUCUGGCUUUUUCUCUCAUCCGCCCACUCACAUUUCCUCCCUCUUUUAACAAACCCUUUAAACAGGAAGUGCACACAAACACAAAUAGCUUCAGCCAAAGUGGUUGAAGCAAAGGGAAAUGAGAGGGGUGGAGUUUACGUCACUGCAGUGCUAAACUACACCCUUCAUUGUUUUAUGACCCUUACAUUUCACUAUCAAUACUUUCAAUUAUAGACCUUAAUUAAUGUGUGGAAGCACAGGUAGUAACCGUAUGUUUCAGUUGAAAUGCUUUAUCAUAAUCUACUGUAACUAUGCAUUGCUAUUGAUUGUAUACGCUUCUCUAUGACUUGACAUUUGGUUGAAGGCCUUGGUGGUGAGACUGAAAGGAGAAAAACGAAGCCAUAUUGUUGAAAAACAUAUCACCAAGUACUGUUUUUACUGUAAAGGCCAGUUUUGAAGACACAGGUUAACUGUAGUCAUGGGCUACACAAAAAUAUCUGUGGUAAAUUAAUAACUUUGAUCAGGUGCCAGUCUAGAAAGUGCUACUAGUUGGCUGUAUUCAGCUUUAAUUGUACUGUAUACAGUUGUCACUGGUCUUUCUGCUGGGUAGUUGAAUUUUCUUUCAUCCAGUCAGAUACUUUCAGUAAAUGGUGCUCUUAUAAGAGAGUGUGUUAAGUGCUUUAGUGAAACACCUGUUGACAAAACAUACAGGUUAUUUAGUCUGAGAGUUUGGUGUGGUUUAACAAUAUUUGUGAAUUUCUGUGUGAACACGUCUUUCUGUUGCUGUGAAUGACAAAUUGAGGUUAUUGUUGAAUCAGAUAUUGUGGCUGUCAAAAAAGAUGUUAUGUCUCUGUUGUUCUGUCCUCCAAUUUCAAAGUCAAGCAGGCCGAAUAGUUGCAAUAGGUGUGAGGAUAUAUUAUAGCAUUUUUAUUGAUUUUUUUUUUCAGUUUUUAUUGUAUUUCAUCAUUCACAGGGAUUCAUUUAUUCAGUAAUAACUUGAGUUUUUAAAGCCUCAUACUUAAUACUGUCUCUAUUCUAUAAUGAGAUAAAGCAUUUGUUACAUUACACUGUGUUGCACUAGUCUAGACAGAAUUAUUAUUUGCACAUAAAUGACCUAAUGUUUCUGCACUAGUCUGUGAUCUUGAUAGGGACCCUCAUUUUAUCCUGCUUUAAUAGAUUGAACUGGGUUUUUUUUAGAACCGAAAGGUUUCAGCAAUUUUGACGAGCAUUGUUGGGCUGCUUGUGACAUUUGUUUGCCAUUGUGCAGGUCUGACAACUUUGUGCGGUCAUAUUCCUCACCUUAUGCUAACACCUCACACCUGUAAAAAGACAUAUAGUUAUACUCUACAGAUCAAAUGUACAAGAGACUAAACCUGUAUCAAAUAUGUUCGCUCUGGAGAAAAUGCCAAAAUAUGAAUAUUUAAAAACUGUGUUUAAAAUGGCUUGAUUAGAAAUUCUAGUUCUAGAACAGUUUGUCUAGAACAGUUGUAGUUCUCAGGGGAGAAGACAGGUUAUAGUCUUAAUGCACUGGAAACUAUGCUGUAUGCCCACUGCUGUAGUGUGAGUUAAAAUCAUGGUUUACUUAAGUAGAUCAUGCUAAUAUAUCUUAUUUAUUAAGAUAUAGGCUUGAACAUUAAACAAGAAGACUUGUCAGUUUAGUGGCUAUUAAUAUAUAGAGUUAUUGUAAUGCUUCUAUUUCUAUCUAUUUCAUCUGUAUCAAAAGAUGAAUACUAGAUCAAUAAAUUUAAAUGGUAAA